AUGGCUUUGCGUCGUUAUGGCGCAAAGCCCUUUUGGGCGCGUCCCAAUUUUUUUGUUUAUUGUGUUUUUAAUUAUACUAAUCACCUUCCUGAUUUAUUUAGACUAAAAAUGUCGUCAAUAUUUCCUGCAUAUCGUAGAAAUAGUCGAGAUGAAAGAAAUAGUCGAAAUGAUAGAAAUAGUCGAAAUGAUAGAAGAUCACGGGAUAGUAUGUCUUCUGGCUUUCCAGAUGGACAGCGGUUCCAGCGUUUGCCUUUUGAUAGCUUUGGUCAUUCUGAACCUCCAUCAGACUUAAAUUUGUUUACCACGACUCAGGAUCAUUUGAGGCAAUCUUAUGAAUCAAGACAACGAGAAACAUCUGAUCGAUAUAUCCAGAACCAAAUCCAAGCUGGAAUUCGACUUGAGCAAGAAAGAAGUUGGGUUGGGACAAAGCAAGUUAAUUUUGAUGAUGACGAUCCAGAUUUUGUUCCAAUGGGUGAAUCCAUUUCUGCCUUUGAUCGACAGCCACCUACGGUUCAAGUUGUUGUUGUUGAGAAGAAAUCACGUAAGAGGAAGAAACAUAAGAGACGUUCAUCUUCCUCAUCUUCUGCAGAAGGAGAAUCCGUUGGAGCAAGCAAGCACAAGAAACGCAAGAGGCGCAGACAUGAGUCAGAUUCCGAAUCUCAAGCUGAUGAUUAUGCCGAGGGGACUUCGAGGCGUUCUAUGCAAUCUUCAGAAACGGCCUUCGACUCAUCACGCAAUCCAUGGCGUCUCUUACGCAGAAACGAAUAUGUUUAUAUUCCGUCACAUAUGGUCGUUGAUCGCCGUUCAGAUCUUGCUAAUCUUCAAUAUGAACAGCCCUAUAGAAGUGAAAUUGCUGAUUAUCGAGGUGUUUUUCCUAUGAAUAAUACUUCAUUGAACGAAAUUCGUGCUGUUUCUGAAACACUUGCGUCUCUUCUUUAUAAGCCAAUGGAAUUUUUGGCUUCCGCUGACGAAAAAUGCUACGCUGAAAUUCAUAUUUUUAAUUGGAACCGACUUCCUGUUGAGCGAUUCUUUCGACGUAAUACGGAUGGCUCUUUUUCUAAUUUUGUGGCAUUAUCACACCAGCCACGCAAGAAAGAUGAUGAAGGGGCUUCUGUCGGCCCAGUGCUUGAUCAAGAACUUCUCAAUAAAAUCGAUAUAAACGACUUUGGUCACUUCCGAAUCAGCCAGGAAGUAAGUCAUGCGGAAGCUGCUCAAUUUGACAUUGAUGCACAAUUUUCUGUUUUGCAAAAUGCUGUAAAUAUAAAUCGUCACGAUGUGAAAUCUUGGUUGGAGUUUAUUGAUCUUCAGAGGCCUUACCACGCCAAAAACGAAUGUGGCGAUCCGAAUGCACCUAUCCAAAAUGAAAAGGCCUACUAUGAACGUGUUAUGGAAAUUAUUCGUCGUGCUACAGGAUUUAACCAAACUAGCCCUGAGAUUCAAAUUAAGAAGCUUAAAGUGAUGGAAGGAUAUUUGGGCCGUACUUCUGAUGAAGUUAAGAAAGAAUGGGGUCGCUGUGAAAAUCGCUUCAUAAACAAUCUAAAUAUGUGGAAGGAUAACUUAAAAAUGAGAAUGAAUGAUCGUACACUUGGUUCAAUUUCCAAAUGCAUUGAAAAACUUGUUCAAAUCAAGCUUGGAAUUAUUCGUAGCCAUCCACCAAUGGAGGGGACUGACGAGUUUCUCGUCGAUCUGCUUGUUGCCUAUUGUGCUCUUCUCAUAUCGACUGGAUUUAUUGAUCGAGUAUUUUUAUAG